AUGAAAUUUCCUCAAAAUUUAGCAAGAAAAAAGCAAACAUUUCUCAACCGUUUUAAGAAAACUAUUUUCCAAUGGGAUGUUAACAACGCUGGUAAAAGUGAUCUUCACUUGUAUCUUAUCGAAGCGUUUUCAACUUUCACGAACCAAUCUUCACCACAGGAAAAACCAAACUUCAGUACAGCAUCUACACAUUUGCCAGCACAUUACAGCAUUCCUACUGAAAUGAUUGCGACGAAAGUAAUUUGUGAAUUGGCACUUGCCAAAUGCCAUUUGUGA